UAGUUUCACUUUCACCUUUUGUCCGAAUUCUCUCUCACUCACACAUCACAAUGGUCCAUUCAUUUUGUUGUUGUUGUUGUUGUUGUUGAGGGCUUUACCACACACAGAGACUCACAUACCCACAUAGAGAGAGAGAGAGAGAGAGUCGUUUUCCGACGAUCUUGCUCUGAGAGCUUCAUAUUCCGGUGAGAAAAAUGACGGACCAGAGUUCAGAGGACUGGCUUCCAACUGGUUGGACUGUGGAAGUGAAAGUGAGGAGGAGUGGUAAAAAAGACAAGUAUUACUUUGCUCCCUCAAGCAGACUGAGAUUCAGUUCCAAAGCUGAGGUGUCUCGCUACCUCAAAACUCAUGAAAUCAGUGAUCCUACACCAGAACAGAUGAAAACUGAGGAAAUCAGUGAUCCUGAACCAGAACAGAAGAAAACUGAGGAAAUCAGUAAUCCUGAACCAGAACAGAAGCAAACUCAGGAAAUCAGUGAUCCUGAACUAGAACAAAAGAAAACUCAGGAAAUCAGUGAUCUUGAACCAGAACAGAAGCAAACUCAGGAUAUCAGUGAGUUUGAACCAGAACAGAAGCAAACUCAGGAUAUCAGUGAUCCUGAACAAGAACAGAAGAUAAGAGGCAGUCCUAAGCAGUCUGGAAAAAGAAAAAAUGUUAUAGUUGAGGAAGUUAUUGCAGAAGGGUUACCUCCAGGAUGGAUCAAAGAAAUCAAAGUAACAAAAAAGGGUCAUAAGAUCAGAAGAGACAUGUUCUACACUGAUCCUGUAAGUGGAUAUGUGUUCCGGUCUAUGAAGGACGUACUUCGCUAUCUUGAAACUGGGGAUUUAGGAAGGCUUGCAUAUAAGCCAAAGGACAACAGAUGCAUUGAUAUGGAGUUGGAAGAUGAUAACAUCUCUCCACCUGCUGUAGCAAAGAAGCAGAAAUUAGCACUCGGCAGCAUAGGGGAAUCGAUUAUCUCAGAUCAGAACUCGAAGUUGGAUGGGAUGAUAAAGGAUGAACAGAUACUUGGCACUCAGCACCACUCUGCAGCAAAAUGCAUGCCACUCUCUGAACAUACUGAUCAGUUAGGUAAGCUGUACACUGAUUUUAGAAGCUCAAAAUUGCUGGAAACCAAGGAUUCAGAGCAGAUAAAAGGGAAGAAUGAUUCUACUGAAAGUGCAUUUGCUUCUGCUCCUGUGGUUGGAUUCCUUACAUCCAAUCAACCAUUGGAAAGAAAGGGGACAAUGGAUGAAAAUGAAAAGACCCAACUUGAGAGGUUCAAACCUAAAAACAAAAAAGAAUAUAACUUGCCUCGUCGGGCUUCAAAACGACUUGCUGGGCUUGAUGUUGAUCCAACACUGGAACUAAAAACUAGUCGAGCCCGUCGGAUUGUUGGUAAACUGUCAGGCGAGGCAGGCGCUAGUACACCUCCUUCUUCUUCUCCUGGUGGUAUGGCUCAUUGGGAAUCACAGCAGCAAGGUCAGCUUAAGGCUGGGAUGGAAGCAGAGAUUAAUUUCAGUAGUUCCAAAAGCACAAAGGUGUUGGAGGAAUCCAUCAACAGCAAACAUACUUUUGCAGAGCAUACUGGGAAGAUAGAAAGAGAGACUAAGGAUGACCAAAAGCAAGAAUCCUCUGCUGUUUUGCCCAUAAGGAACCUAGCAAUUUUGGAACAUGCUGGAAUGGUUGAAAAAGUGAACCAAGAUAAUGAGAAGCCAGAUAUUCCUAUUGACCUGCCUUCCAUGGAUCUAUGGUCAGAUCCAUGCAUUCAAUUUGCUAUAAAAACUCUCACUGGAGUAGGUGUUGACAGUCCCAAAGGCACAGAACUGUCGCAGGUAUCAAACAAUAGGCAGCAAACUAAAAAGGUUGAAACAGCAAUCAAUGGUGACAAGAAGCAAGGAUGCACUGCUUUUUUGCCUUCCCAGGACCUAGCUAUUCCUGCAGAGCAUGCAGAGAAGGUUGGAAAUAACUGCAAGGACUAUGAGAAGCCAGGAUCACCUCUCGAUAUGGAUUUUGGUGAUUUAUGGAGGGACCCGUGCAUAGAAUUUGCUGUAAAAACUCUAACCGGUGCAAUUCCAGUUGAUUGUGUUCUUGAUAUUCAGGAUUCCUUUCAGACGCAGCAAAGCUCAUCACAAUUUGAUGCUGUGGAGAAUCCCAGUUAUAGACAUCAAGCUCUGAUAGAGCCUGUGUUACCACAAACAGGAAAUGUCAGCUUGCAGAAUGCAGGUACUAUCCGCCACCAACAGAGUGAAGGGAGAGGCACUCGAUGCCAAUAGUAGGGUAUCCACUUGGACUGACUUUCUUUUGUACAGGUUUGAGUUUUUGUAGAAAGACACUUCCAGGCCUAUAACCUUUUUCCUUGUGCUAAUUCUCCACUCUGCAGGAUUAUGACUUUCUGCAUCUGCUUCUGUGUACUUUUUUAAGAAGAAAUUGUCCCUAACAACUUCUAAUUAGCCAUAGGCUGUAGUUAUCUUUAAGCAUCCAUCUCUGUUGGGUUUGUUUUGACAAUGAGAUGGUUUCAAAUGCAUGUAUUGGACACUGUUUUAUCAUUUUAGUCUGCUUCAUGCUAUUGGGCUUCUGUUGCCUCCAA